UCUUCUUCUUCCUUUUUAGCUUUUUGUUUUUGGGUUCUUCAUCUUCUUCAAACCCAGUAACUACAAACCCUAAAAGACUUGUAAAGUUUCUUCAUUUUUGAUUGUUUUGUUGUGUUCAUCUGAGUUUGGAAGAUACAUAGAAAGAGUUUGAUUUUGGGUUUUUUUUUUUGUAAAGUUUCCACCUUUUUCUCAGAUUCUCUAUGAUUUGAGACUUUAUUCUUCAAUUUCCAGCUUCUGGGUGCUGAGUUCGAAUGGAGUAGAUUUGCUUAAUUUGGAUCUGAAGAAUUCAUUUGAUUACGGAAGCAGUGUGUUUGGUUGGGUCUUAGAAUGUUCGAUACGGAAUCUCAUCACUCAGAUUCAGCUCUUUUCGACAUCUGUUUCGUGGAAAUUACGGCUCUGAAGCUUAUCAUUGGUCAGGAAGAAGACGUUUCUACUUCAUUGUGCGUUGGUGACAUCUUUGCUCGGACACAGAGCUGAGUGUUUUGUUUAUAACAGUUUUUAUUCAACGCGUCAAAGUUUUGUUCUUUGCUUUUGUUGAUUGUGUGGAGUUGUGAUUUGUGGGGAGUAUGGUACCAUCAGAGCCACCUAAUCCUGUUGGUAGUGGUGAAAGUGUUCCGCCUUCUAUCUUAGGAGGACAAGGAGGAGGAGCUCCUCUUCCUUCUCAACCAGCAUUUCCCUCUCUUGUUUCUCCGCGUAAUCAGUUUGGUAACAAUAUGAGUAUGAGUAUGCUUGGGAAUGCACCAAACAUAUCUUCCCUUCUCAAUAAUCAGUCUUUUGUAAAUGGUAUUCCCGGUUCUGUGAUUUCUAUGGAUACAAGUGGGGCUGAGUCAGACCCGUUGUCUAGUGUCGGGUUUAGUGGGUUGUCGUCUUUUAAUGCGUCGAGUAUGGUGUCCCCGCGCUCAUCAGGUCAAGUUCAGGGUCAGCAAUUCUCGAAUGUUUCGUCUAACCAGUUGUUGGCCGAGCAACAACGGAAUAAGAAAUUGGAGCCUCAGAAUUUUCAACAUGGUCAGCAGCAGUCAAUGCAACAGCAGCAGCAGCAGCAGUUUCCAACUGUGCGUGGAGGUGGCUUAGCAGGUGUUGGACCUGUCAAGUUGGAACCUGGUCAGGUUUCUAACGAUCAGCAGCAUGGUCAAGGACAACAGCCACAGCAGAAAAUGUUGAGAAACCUAGGAUCAGUAAAGUUGGAACCGCAGCAACUUCAGGCCAUGAGAAACUUGGCCCAAGUGAAAAUGGAACCUCAACAUUCAGAGCAGUCAUUGUUUCUCCAACAACAGCAGAGGCAACAACAGCAACAACAACAACAACAAUUUCUUCAAAUGCCGGGGCAAUCUCAGCAGGCUCAAAUGAACAUAUUUCACCAGCAGAGAUUUAUGCAACUUCAACAACAGCAACUCCUGAAAUCUAUGCCUCAACAGCGUCCUCAGUUACCACAGCAGUUCCAACAGCAGAAUUUACCUCUGCGGCCACCUAUGAAACCAGUGUAUGAGCCUGGCAUGGGUGCUCAGCGACUUACACAGUAUAUGUACCGACAACAACAUAGGCCUGAAGACAAUAAUAUCGAGUUCUGGAGAAAAUUUGUAGCUGAGUACUUUGCUCCCAAUGCAAAAAAGAGAUGGUGCGUCUCAAUGUAUGGCAGUGGCCGCCAAACAACUGGUGUUUUCCCUCAGGAUGUGUGGCACUGUGAGAUAUGUAACCGAAAGCCUGGACGUGGUUUUGAGGCAACCGCCGAAGUCCUCCCACGGCUUUUUAAGAUAAAGUAUGAAAGUGGCACUUUGGAAGAACUUUUAUAUGUCGAUAUGCCAAGGGAAUCUCAGAAUUCAUCUGGUCAAAUUGUGUUGGAGUACGCAAAAGCAACACAAGAGAGUGUAUUUGAGCAUCUUCGAGUUGUUCGUGAUGGCCAACUUCGAAUAGUAUUCUCUCCAGAUCUUAAGAUAUUCUCGUGGGAAUUUUGUGCUCGGCGGCAUGAAGAGCUGAUUCCAAAAAGGCUUUUGAUACCGCAGGUUAGUCAGCUUGGAUUGGCAGCUCAAAAAUAUCAACAAGCCGCUCAAAGUGCAACAACAGAUUCUGCUCUUCCGGAGUUACAAAAUAAUUGCAACAUGUUUGUUGCAUCUGCUAGACAAUUAGCAAAGGCCCUGGAAGUACCACUUGUGAAUGAUUUGGGAUACACAAAGAGAUAUGUUCGGUGUUUGCAGAUCUCGGAGGUGGUAAAUAGUAUGAAGGACUUGAUAGAUUAUAGCAGAGAAACAAGAACAGGACCAAUUGAGAGUUUAGCCAAGUUUCCUCGGAGAACAGGCCCUUCAUCUGCCUUGCCUGGUCCUUCUCCUCAGCAACCCAGUGAACAACUAAGGCAGCAACAGCAGCAACAACAACAGCAACAGCAGCAGCAGCAGCAGCAACAACAACAGCAACAGCAACAGCAACAACAACAACAACAGCAAACAGUUUCCCAGAAUACAAACAGUGAACAGAGUACUAGGCAGGGGGCACUAAUGCAGGGUAAUCCCAGCAAUGGUGUAAAUUACGCCUUUAAUGCAGCUUCUGCAUCCACCUCCACCAACAGCAUUGCAGGGCUCAUCCACCAGAAUUCAAUGAAGGCAAGACAUCAGAGUUCUGCUUACAAUCCCCCAAACAGUCCCUAUGGAGGAAACUCUGUUCAGAUGGCGUCACCUAGUUCCUCAGGUACCAUGGUGCCAUCAUCGCAGCAACAACACAACCUACCAACAUUUCAGUCUCCAACAUCCUCAUCUAAUAACAAUAAUCCCUCUCAAAACGGGAUACCAUCUGGUAAUCACAUGGGUUCGACAAACUCACCAGCAAUGCAACAGGCGGGUGAGGUUGAUGGAAACGAAUCUAGCUCGGUGCAGAAGAUACUGAAUGAGAUCCUGAUGAACAACCAAGCUCAUAAUAGCUCAGGAGGAAGCAUGGGUGGGCAUGGGUCUUUCGGGAAUGAUGGGAAGGCAGCUAAUGUAAAUAGCUCUGGUGUUCUGAUGAUGAAUGGCCAAGUGAACAACAGCAACCCAAGUAUUGGAGGUGCUGGUGGGUUUGGUGGUGGGAUGGGUCAGUCCAUGACAGCUAAUGGAAUGAAUAAUAUAAACGGUAACAAUAGUCUCAUGAACGGAAGAGUUGGGAUGAUGGUACGGGAUCCAAACUCGCAACAGGAUCUGGGAAACCAGCUCUUAGGAGCAGUGAACGGUUUCAGCAAUUUUCCGUGUGAUUGGAACGCGUAAGAUAAAGACGAAGAAGAACAAAAAGAAGACUUUGAAUCGGGUAAUGUUUUGCUUGUGCAGCAUCACACAACUCAACUCAGGAUAUAAAAAGGAUAGGCCAUAAGCCGCGAUAUUGUGCUUAAGAAAGGAAAGAGUCAAAUCUUGUACCAACAACUGGUUUCUAGGUCACCUCUACAAUCACCAUACCAUCUCUUGAGUUGCUAUUUCUUUUUUUUUUUUUUUAAUCUUGGGGAGUUUUUCUUAUGCUUUAUAGUUUAUAAUGUACAUCUUUCUAUGGGUGUGUUCCUUAGGGCACAUCAUCAGGGAGGCAAUGAUCAAGCUCUAUCCUUCAUUUAUCUCUCUUCCAUUGUGUUAACCAAAA